AUUGUCAAGAUCGUCGUUGUCGGGCAAAGUACUGUACUGGCCGUCGCUGUGCGCUGCGCCGGGCUCGACGUCUCUCUCGACAAGCAUACCCACGUCGCUCUUUCCAUUCUUUCAAGUCUUUUUCGAGGUCGUGCCGGCUAGAAGCUGUGCAGCGAAACCUUCGUGUUCAUCUCCUUCAUCCUGCCUUCAAACACUCUGCUGUUGCCAUGACGAGAUUUGGGGACUUUGCUCCCCUUUGCCAUGACACUCCCUCGUAUCCGUGGUGCAACCUAUUCUACCGCCAACUCCGAGAUCACAAUUCUUCCGCUCUCGUCGGUGCUUCAGCAGAUCCUGCCACUGCGCCUGUGGGCAUUAACCCCAACUGUGCGAUCCCCUUCGUGGGCGUCGAUCACUCGCUAGCAAAUAUCGCAAAUAUCAUUGCCUGUGGACUCAGUAUUUUUGUUGUGGCUGCACUCAUCUGGUUUACAAGUCGAAGAAGAGCUGCUGUCGCACGAGUCGAAUUCCGCCUGUUCCUUAUCCUCUACUUCCUUACCCUUCCUUUUCAACUCAUCACCACUGGCUCCUUCCUACGUCAGGGCUCAACAGCACUCGUUGUAUUGACUGCAAUACAUGCAGGCCUUGUAGCAGCAACAUUCUGGGCGCUCCUGGGAAACGCCAUAGUCAGUACGCAAGUAGUAGAAGACGCAACGCUUAGUUCGCUGAUCCCAUUUUCCUUCUUCUCGAUCGCUUUUUUUGUCGCCGUUACCUAUAUCUCGCUGGAUGUCGCUUUAACCUUCACGGACGUAUUCGGUCCUUCAAAUCCAUCAGACAGCCUCAGCAGCAUCCCUCUCUUUGUAUUGACAAGUAUCUGGCCAGCUGCAGCGGCGGUGCUUUAUUUCGCCUUGAUGCUCUAUAUCGUCUUGGGCAUCCUGAACGAGGUCAAACCGGUCUGGUUUUUCAUCCUGGGUGCGGUGCUUUUCGUCCUCAGUCAAUUGGACUACUUCCUUCUGAGCAAAGUCAUUUGUCGGGGUGCAAAUGCGAAAAUCGAUGGGUCAUUCGUCGCGACAAUUCUCGAAACAGCAACAGUUGUCGUUCUGUAUUUUGGCUGGAAAAGCAUCACAGAAGAUUCAUGGGACGCCGGCAUCUACUUCGGCUGAUGGUGGCAUGCUCAAUAGCGUGCCCUCCCUACUUAUCCUCAAAGCACUCAAUUACACCUCUGCCGUUACCAGCUCCACCCCUUCGUGUCACCAUUCCCUCGUCAUGGACAUUCAGGUUGAGUGUGAACAUUUUAUACCUCCCGUAUGUGUAUCCUUGCGCACGCAGGCUCGUCGCUUUCUCGCUUGUUACUUCGAUGCUUUGCUGCUACCCCUACGGCCACCUAGAUUCGGCACUAAGCAAAGCUCAUCCCCGUCUCCUGGAUAUCAAGUACAUUACAUACCACCAAAUUCUUGUGUUCUAUAUUCCCUUUGUUGUCGUCUUUCUGUUGCGUCUAUGCGAACCUCCCCUGCAGCUCUUUCUCAGAUCACCCUGUUGUAUUUUCUAUUACCCUCACCGCACCACCGAUAACCGGACCACGCGUAUAUACUCCGCCGUACGAUACGAAUACUUGUGUCCGCUGUUUUUCUACAAUUUGUUUUCGGCACGCGCAAUCACAAUAUGUCUUGGGUCCCAGUGCGAUGGACCGUCGAAACUUGAAGACAGUAGGCCAGUUCCAGAAUCUCCC